GAGAGGUGCGGGCCAGAGCUGCCGUGCGUUAACCCUUCAUCCGCCGCGCCCUUCCCAUCCUGAGACCUGCGCGCGCGCGCUUCGGGAGCCGGCGGAGCGCCGUCCUCCUCCAGCAGCACACCUCUCCGUAACCCCCGGAGGAACCACACUUUGGACCGAGCCGCUGACUGUCCUGCAGGAGCCGCUCCGGCUCGGAUGGCCUCGUUUCCGCAUUCCCGGCGCCGUCGUGCGCACUGCGGGCAAGGAGCUGAGAACCAUGGUCUCCGAGAAAAACCGGUUCCUCAGGCUUUUCCACCCGAGGACUGCUGGCGUGUAUUAUUCUCCCCGGCGGCGGAGAGGAGCCACGGCGGAGCCAGAUCCCGGUGACCGCCGCUGCGGCCGCUGCUCGUCGGUGCGCGGAAAGCCGCAGAGUCGCUGCUGAGCCGGAGACGCGCCGCCGGGAUGGAGAGCUGCUGCCGCUCCUGCAUGCCCUGCUGCGACUGUCUCUGGAACUGGAUCUGGCCCGACCUACGCUACCCGAACGUCCCGGCCCAAGGCCAUGUCAUCGCGAACCCGGUGGCCCACGCGGCCGAGAUCCGAACCGUGUCCGGGGACAUCCGCGCGCCCUCCCCCAAGAAGCGGCCGGUGCAGCUUUACGCGGCGCUCUUCGACUUCCAGGCCCGCAGCGACGACGAGCUGACGGUGAGGGAGGGGGACAAGCUGUCCGUCAUCGAGAAGCGGGGGGAGUACGUGCUGGCCAAGAAGCUGACCGGGACGCUGGAGUCCGGCCUCAUCCCCGCCAACUACGUGGCUCUGCUGCAGGACGAGUUCGCCAAGUACAAGUGGUACUAUGGCAACAUCAACCGCACGAAAGCUGAGAAGCUGCUGCUGGCUUCCCAAAACAAAGAUGGAGCCUUUCUGGUUCGCAUCAGUGAGAGUCACAGUGACGAGUACACCAUCUCUGCCAGAACUCAAGGAAAAGUGGACCACUUCCGGAUCCAGCGGUCAGUCAUCGGAGCGUACUUUGUCUCGGAAAAGAUCUCCUUUGCGACGCUGGCGGAGCUGAUCUCCUACUACCAGAAAAACCCUCGGAGUCUGGGAGUCCAGCUGGUGCAGCCGUGUGCCCAGCAGCGGGAGCUGUUUGACAUGGAGCCAUGGGAGAGACCGCGAGAGGAGUUCAAACUCUACAAGAAACUGGGAGAAGGAAACUUUGGAGAAGUGUGGGAGGCUCUGUGGGUCAAGGAGAACAAGAAGGUGGCCAUAAAGACUCUAAAGCAAGAGGACACGAAGCAGGACGAGUUUGUGAAGGAGGUUCAGGCCCUGAAGAGCCUCCAUCACCCCCGCCUCAUCCAGCUGCUCGCCAUGUGCUCCAGAGGAGAACCCGUCUACAUUGUGACAGAGCUCAUGUGCAAAGGAAGUCUCAAAUCCUACUUGGCCUCUUCUGAGGGCCACAUGCUGACGUCCGCUCACCUCAUCUACAUGAGCAGUCAGAUCGCGGAGGGCAUGGCCUACCUGGAGGACAGGAGCAUCGUGCACAGAGACCUGGCUGCCAGGAACAUCCUGGUGGGAGAUGAUCUGGUCUGUAAGGUGGCUGACUUCGGGCUGGCCCGGAUCAUCAGGGACAGCGUGUACACAGCCAGUCGAAACACGAAGAUCCCGGUCCGGUGGACGGCUCCGGAGGCAGCGCUUCACCAACGCUUCUCCGUCAAGUCAGACGUGUGGUCGUUCGGGGUGCUCCUCUAUGAGAUGAUGUCUCGUGGUAAAAUGCCUUAUGAAGGAAAAAGCAACAAGGAGGUGAUGGAGAUUCUAACCUCUGGUUAUCGCCUCCCAUCUCCCACCCGCUGCCCUCCGAACAUUUACAAGAUCAUGAUGGAGUGCUGGGCUGCAGAACCUUCAAAACGACCGUCCUUCCACGCCUUGCACAGCCAGCUCGAUGCCAUUUACACCAAGAUCUAUUUCAAGACCGUAGAAGUGUAGAAACACGAGGCCGUGGACGACCGCGAUGUUCUUCUGCUUCCUCAAAGAGCGAGAUGGAAGGAAUAAGAGUUGGAAUGCACUCGUCACCUGUGGAGGACGUGGGUGUGAAGGAGAGGAGACCAGGAAUACAGAGGACUUCUGUCAGUGGAGAGAAGAAAGACGGUCAAACCUCGGACUGACCUUCAUGGGAGGGAAACCUGUCCACGACGAGCCGCAGCACAUUUACAGAAGAGUUUUUUUAUUUACAACCUUCUGUUUUCUUAUGGACACUUGAGCUCACAGGUCAGGAAUUUAAACUUUGGCUUUGACCACAAAAGUAAUUGUAAAAAAAAUAAUAAUAAUAAUUGUGCAAUAAUGAACUCCUUCCAACACUUUUUGCCUCAUUAGAGGACAGGGACGGAUGUCCUGAGCAGCUUCACGUCCAGAGUUGCACAUCUUAAUGACGGGUUCGUUGGCAGGGUAUUUGUCACGUAUCUCCACGAUCCAUCAAGGGUUUUCUCAUCUGCAGCCUGUGAAUUAGAAACCUCACAUCACUGGAUUUGCUCUGACUGUGCGUUUGAGGGAUCGUGCAGUUUCAGCAGGAGGUACCGUGACCAUCAGCUGCUGAAGAAUAUAAGCUAAGCUUUUGUUUUCUCCAGAAAGUAGACAAAUCUAAAAAUCUUUCCAUCUGAGAGUGAUGGCUCACACGCACCAGCAUCAAAACAUGUGUUGAACCUUUAUUUUUAUGGCAGGAGAAGCAGGUGAUCUUCAAAAGUCAAAGGGCAGUUGGAGUCUGACUCCAAAUUCAACCCAGAUUUGAAAAAUGCAAAAAAAAGGGGGCGGGUCUAGCGGAGCUGGAGGUGUGGCUAGGAUCUAUGAUUGACAAUAGGUUAGCUUUAUAUAGCCAUAACAAUAGAAGCCACCAAUUGACCAAUCACAAAAUUCAACUGCAAUACAUCGUUUCAACCUGUAGGGACCAUUUUUGACUAUAUUUUCAGGAAUUAAACAAGUUUAUUUUAAUUUGUCAAAACAUUUGGCCAACAGAUAGUACUUUUAAAACCUCAUUUAUAGAGGUCAACCUCCAAAAAAGGGUUGAUUCAGUGUUUGGUUACCAUUUAACCCCUCAAUGCAAAAAUGGAUCAAACCACUUCGGCUCCAAAAGAACUUUAAUUUAGCUUCUACUUGAAAGUAAAAUCAUCAUUUUUUUAAUGGCAGGAAUUAAACAGACAUGAAAGGGUUAAAUUAAAUUUAACUUUUCUAACUAAUAAAACGUGUCAAACCAACAUUUUAUUUUAAACCUUUCACUUUGACAUUGAUUAUGUGAAAUGGAAAAAUUGAAUUAAACCAAUAAAAUUUAAAAAGCUCUACAUUUAUGCUGUUCUCGGUCGGUGACGUGUCUGGUGUGUGUGAGCUCUGACUGAAGAUCAGAAAACCGAUUCCCUCUUUUACUGUCAUAGAUCAGAGGUCUGCAACCUGCAGCUCCAGAGCCACAUGUGUACGGAGCUGAAAUGGGGUCAAUAUUAUUUAAAACCCAAAUAAUACAAAUUGAACAAAAAUAUUUGUGU